AUGUUCCCUAAUAUAGCCCAUUACUAUAAAGGGCUUCUCCAGUUACUGCUGCAUUUCAGCUGGAAAUGGAUUGGUGUCAUUUAUCUGGAUGUUGAAAGCUCAGAGACAUUUGUACACAAGAUGCUUCCCAUAUUUUCCCAAAGUGGCAUCUGUUUUGACUUUGUACAAACACUAUUACAUAUACCUCUUUCCAGUGGCAUCCAGGACUCUACGGCAGCAGUGACUGAAACAAUCAGACUUGUCAUAAGAAGCACAGCCAAUGCAGUGGUCAUUCAUGGUGAAAUGCAGACCAUUAUGCAUUUGAGAAUUUUGUUCCAGCUUUUAGAAUCUGAAGGUAGACCACUGAAUACCACCAGUAAAGUCUGGAUUAUGACAGCAGAGAUGGAUUUCACAUCACUUAAUUUGCAAAGAAGUUGGGACAUAGACUUCAUCCAUGGUGCUGUCUCUUUCACGGUACACUCAGAGGAGGUGUUAGAAUUCCAUAAAUUUCUUCAGAGGAGAAACCAUACAUCAGAAAAAGGAGAUGUCUUCAUCAGAGCCUUCUGGCAACAGGCCUUUAAUUGUUCGUUCCGCAGCUCCGAGAAGCAGGUGGGGAAUAUCUGCACUGGAGAGGAGAAGCUGGAGACUCUUCCCAAGUCUGUUUUUGAAAUGAAAAUGUCUGGCCACAGUUAUAGUGUCUACAAUGCUGUUUAUGCUAUAGCUCAUGCUCUGAAAGCCAUGAGCUCUUCUAUGCCCAAGCAGAGAAGUACAAUAUGUGGAGGGAGAUGGACACUUCUGAAUUAUCAGCCUUGGCAGCUCCCUCACUUGCUGAGACAUUUAUCAUUUAACACAAGUGUUGGGGAAAAGAUAUCCUUUGGCCAAAAUGGGGAAAUAGUGGGUGGAUUUGAUAUUAUCAACUGGGUCACAUUUGCAAAUCGGUCCUUUUUAAGAGUCAAAGUUGGAAGGAUAGACCCACAGGCUCCUGAAGACAAAGUGUUCACCAUUCAUGAGGACAGCAUUGUCUGGCCCAAGAGGUUUAACCAGGCACAACCUCUUUCUGUGUGUAAUGACAAUUGCCUUCCGGGUUAUAGAAAAACUGAGAAGGAAGGGAAGCCAUUUUGCUGCUAUGAUUGCCUUCCAUGUCCAAAAGGGAAGAUUUCAAAUCAGGAAGACAUGGACAACUGCUUUCAGUGCCCUCAAGAUCAGUAUCCAAACAAGGACCAAGACCUCUGCAUUCCAAAGGACAUAAACUUCCUAUCUUACAGAGAACCUUUGGGGAGCAGUUUGAUCAUAUUUGCUCUUUCCCUUUCUUUCAUCACAGCUUUGGUGCUAGGAGCCUUUCUGAAGAACCACAACACACCCAUCAUCAAAGCCAACAACAGGAGUCUCUCCUAUACUCUUCUUAUCUCCCUGUUGCUCUCCUUUCUCUGUACUUUGCUCUUCAUUGGCCAGCCCACAAAAGUGACAUGUCUUCUUCGACAAACUGCCUUUGGCAUCAUCUUCUCUGUGGCCGUAUCUUGCGUGUUGGCCAAAACCACUGUGGUGGUUCUAGCAUUCAUGGCCACCAAGCCAGGGUCCAGGAUGAAUAAAUGGGUGGGGAAGAAACUAACUUGCUCCAUAGUUCUUUGCUGUUCCCUUAUUCAAGCCACUAUUUGUACAGUUUGGCUGGGUACUUCUCCCCCCUUCCCAGAUUUUGAUAUGAACUCAAUACAUGGAGAAAUCAUCGUGGAAUGUAACGAAGGAUCGGAUACACUGUUUUAUUGUGUCCGGGGCUAUAUGGGCUUCCUGGCCAUCGUCAGCUUAUCUGUGGCUUUCCUAGCCAGGAAGUUGCCAGACAUUUUCCAGGAAGCUAAGUCCAUCACCUUUAGCAUGUUAGUCUUUUGCAGUGUUUGGUUGUCUUUUAUUCCAACCUACCUGAGCACCAAAGGGAAAUUCACAGUGGCUGUUGAGGUCUUCUCCAUCUUGGCUUCCAGUGCCGGGUUACUGGGCUGUAUCUUUUUCCCUAAAUGCUACAUUAUUGUGUUAAGGCCUGAUCUGAACAAAAGAAACAAGUUAAUAAAGAGAAAAUGUUGA